AUGACAAGUAGCGAGUACUCCGUGACCCCGCAGACCGUUGAGGCAUUGGGCAAUUGGGAACUGUCAGCCGUUGAACAGCGCAUCCACGUCGUCUUCGCACCCAAAUCGUGGCCUGCCACUUCACCCACUAUGAUCGUACAACACACCGUGGGUAAGUGGGGCAUGCUACCCACUUCAUUAUUUGGGAAUUCAACUUGGAGAAGCACAUCAUCAGUAUCCGGCACCCGUCCUCGGUUCAUGUUCGAUUCUUCUUGCACGAUUUUCUUUGCAUGAGACUAAAAUCUUCUCAGCGCUUGUUCAGAGUUUGAUGGCCUGGAAAGAAAUAGGCGCGCAGGUGUUGCCUAUGGCGUUUUUCAACCUGCGUUUCUAUGUGGAUCGACCCCAGGUUCGUGCAGAGUUUCGAUGGCGGCUGGUGGCGGGAAACAUGAUAUUCCGGGCAAUGCCGAUGUCGAUCCAUAUACGAGGUAA